UCUUCUCUGUGUCGCUGCUACAGGGAUACCAAGAUGGAAAUCCAGGGGCUUUCUGAUGCCCAAAACAUUCACUCUCAACAUGGCGCCCUACACAGAACCACUCCGUCUCCACUUCGACCGGCGACAGGGUCGAUACCGCGUUUUAUUUCCACCGAAAAUGAAACGGAAGGACUACUGGAGUCGUCUGAGCCACAAAGUGACAACAACAACAACACCAGGCCGAGGACAUCACCGUUUCACCUACUGGCGGAAAAUGGCAGCGGGGCGGUUUGUUCCCCUGUCAGCAAACCGCAACCAACCGAUAAAACCAGUUUACCGGGUAAUAGACCGAGUGUCGAACUUCAUAACGUAAACACGGAUAAGGAAAAUGAGCUCAACGCACUGCUUGGCUCUCAAGAAUUUGUUAGGGCUGCCUGGAAAUACGGGUUAGAGAGCGGGGACUCUGUAAUGCAAAUGGCGCUGCCUCUGUUUGAAGUGGAAGAGGAAUCGAUUCCGCAGCGGCAUUUAACGUUACCGCUCCCAGUUUUACGGCAGCAGCGUGAGGACGGCGCCUUCAAGCCGCCCUCACUGGCCAGCCACAGCGCUGCUGCGCCGGGGAGCUUCAGCACAGCGAACAGGGCGGACAAAACCACCAAGGAAUUAUAUGUUGUUUUUAACGUCGUUCAGGAGGAUGGCAACGGCGAGGCAAGCAAACACCGACCGGAUGUAUCAUCCGAGGGCGGCGAUAAAAUGAAAGGUAUAAAGCCAAGCCCCGGUGGCUCCAUGGAGGUUGGAAACAGCAGUGACGUUAUUCUCUGUGAAUCUAACGACAACUUAAACUGCCUUGAUAGCCAGGUACUGAAAAAAACUGAGCAUGUUUUCAAUUUACUAAACGACACUUCUACCGUGGCCAACGCUAAACAGGCUGCCUGUCACCGCACUGUCGAAGACGUUGUGUUGACGAACAAAUAUGGCGAUAAGAUCUGUGGCCAGAUUUGCACCGAAAACAAUGAAAGUAAACUGGUUAGGGAGCAUUCGUCGCACUCCCGUUUAGAAGAGAGCAGUGCCUUGAUUUCAGGGACCUCGGGCAUCGUGGAAGCUAUGGACACCUCGGACUUUAUUUCAGCGGGGCUGCAGGGCAGUGCGAACCCAGCCACGGCCUCCACAAGUCCGCCUGCUAGUGAAACCUUUUCCGGAACUAUUACAAUAAACAACCAAAGCAUCAUAGUGACCAUAGAAAAUGGGAUAUUGACUCUCGCUGCCCCGCCUGAGGGCUAUGUGCACAAAGAGGAUGACAUGGUCAGCCUGAAGGAGCACCUUGGUAUGAAAGAUCAUGAGGAUAUUGUUCUUCUCAACUAUGACAGUGGCACGAAAUCCAUCGGGAAGAUCAGCACGCUGGCAGUAUCCAGCUCGAGCCAGCAGGAAGAGCCCAGGCCUGGGUUGUCUGUGAGUGACUCUGAGCUGGCUCUGGUGGAUGACUGCUCGCUGUCAGAGCUUGGCACCUCUCUGGACUCCUGCCCCAUCGUCAAGCAAGAGGCAGGAGCACUGUGUGCUGUAACAGAGGCCGAUCUGGUCACCCCGCACCCCAAAGCCACUGUGGUAGACUGUGACAGUGGGGACUUCCAAUCUGUACCACUGAUCAGGUCCAAGAAAGAGACUGUGGCCUCCUUCGGCUGUCCAGAACCAGGCUGCUCCUGUACGUUUGACACGCGUCAGAAACUCAAGGUGCACCUGCUGAACCAUGCAGAGGACCCCCGCCCCUACCAGUGCACCGUGGAGGGCUGUGGCUGGGCUUUUGCCACCUCUUACAAGCUAAAGCGGCACCUUCAGUCCCAUGACAAGCAGCGGCCACACACCUGUCAGUUCGAGGGCUGUGGGCGCCGUUUCACCACGGUCUACAACCUAAAGGCUCACGUCAAAGUGCACGACCAGGACAACGCCUUCAUCUGCGAGAUCUGCAGCGAGAGGUUUCGCAGUGCCACGCGACUCACCAAUCACCAGAGGGUCCACUUCGAGCCGCAGAGGCCCCACAAGUGUGAAUUCCCAGGCUGCGAAAAAACCUUCAUCACCUUCAGUGCCCUGUUCUCCCACAAUCGCACCCACUUCAGAGAAACGGGCCACUUCACCUGCACCUACCCAGGCUGCGACAAGAUGUACGACAAGGCCUGCCGUCUCAAAAUCCAUAUGAGAAGUCACACUGGUGAGAGGCCGUUUGUCUGUGACUCAGAAGGCUGUGGCUGGUCCUUCACCAGCAUGUCCAAGUUACUCCGACACAAACGGAAACAUGAUGAUGACCGUCGCUUUGUCUGUACAGAGGAGGGUUGUGGGAAAUCCUUCACAAGGGCAGAGCACCUCAAGGGUCACAGUAUCACCCAUCUGGGGACAAAGCCCUUCCAAUGCCAUGCAGAAGGCUGCAAUGCCAAGUUCUCAGCACGCAGCAGCUUGUACAUCCACUCCAAGAAACAUAAGCAGGACGCCAGCACCCUGAGGACCCGUUGUCCAGUGGCCAACUGCUCCAAGCACUUCUCCUCCCGCAGCAGCCUUAAGAGCCACAUGCUCAAACACCACCACCUCAGUCCUGAUGUUCUUAGCCAGAUGGAGACCACGCCCACCCUCACCCCCAGCAGCGAACUCAUCAGCUCCACCCCAACAACCGUAGCAGGGCCUGGUAUUGCCGGGGGUGAUCAGCUUACCAACUUGGACCUCAGCUCUCUGUUCUCUGCUGUGCCUGGAGGCUCUGUGCCCACCGCUGGCAUCGGAGUGGGGAUUCCUGUCGGUGGGGGCAGCUCUAAUGGCACGUUCACCAUGGACCUCUCCCUGGUCAGCUCAGGCAUCCUCACCAUCGACCCCUCCUCGGUCGGUGCCACGCUCUGCACCAGCAGUAGCACCACGUUGGCCAAAGCCGUGGACCCUCUUAUCCUGGCAUCCAGUGCUGACAUGGGCCCCCACCAUGGUCUGGAAGGAACAGUGGGCGACGUCCUUCCCCCACAGGGCACUCUCAAUCUGGAUGAUGUGCAGACCGUUACCCCAGAGGCCCUGGGAACCCUCACAGCUCUCACAAUGCAGGGGGCUGGUGUCUCUGUGGACCCCACUCUGCAGCACCCGCUCAGCUCCUCCAGUGCCCUGAGUGUGGAGCCCACAACCUCCCUGGCCGUUGCCCCUGUUGCCGAGCUGCUGGCCUCACCCUCAAAAGUGGUGGAGGUGGGUGGUCAGGGGGGAGCGGGGCCUCUGUUGGGCUGUGUGGAAGUGCUGGGACCCCAAGAGGGAGGAAAAGUCCUCACUCAGUUUGUUUUCCCGAGUCACAGCAACAGCUUCAGUCCACAGAAAGAUCAGGAUAUCAACGCGGUGUCACCAAGCAGCUUCCUGGAGAGUGGAGGCUCAGCCAGGACUGACUACAGAGCCAUCCAGCUGGCCAAGAAGAAGAAGCAACGAGGUCCCUCAGCCUCCUCUGGGAGUUCUGGAUCGAGUCAGAGGAAAACCAAAGGAGUAAAGGCAGCCGGGGCUCCAGCACCGAUGGCUCCCUCCGGUGCUUGUUACAGUGAAGGGGCUGCAGCGGCCAAUGGGGGCCUGACUCUUCGGGAUCCCGUCACCGGGGCCCAGUAUGUCCAGAUUCAGCUGCUGCAGGAUGACCCAGCCAGUGAUGGCGACCUGGCCUUCCAACUGAGCUCUCAGCCCUCCAGCUCCCACUCUCAGCUCACUGCCGACCUGCCCGUCAACAUUUUACAGGAACCUUCAGUGAUGACAGAGGACGACAACGGCUCUGAUAACUCCCAGUUCACAGGAAGCACAAUCAACCUUCAGGACCUGGAGUGACCGCCACAGAGCUGCACGUCAGAGGUCUGCUGCCAUGACCGACCUCACUGGCACAUCGUCACUGUCUGCAGUUUACAUCAACAAACACACCAUCAAACGGUUGCCUCGUCCUUUCCCAGGACUUUGAAAGCCUUUUUGGACACGCGGUUAAUACAGUGUGGGGAGGAUGUGGACAUGAGUCCACAGAUAAUGCACCUUGAGAAGAUGAGAUGAGGAUUUCCUUGUUCAAAAGAUUAUAAUGUGUUUAUUACUAAAGUCCAGUUUGUACCAAAAUCAAACCGGAGAGCAUUCUCGUGUCAAACAGACACGUGAGAGGCUCUCUGUUCCUCUGUGUCCUGUGGGUUUUGACAGUAACGGUGUCUAUUCCAUGGUGCCACAUUGCCACUCAUGCACACACAGUGCGCUGUCUACGCUCCAGUUGCCUUACAGACACCUCACGCUGUGCAUUCCAACACCGGCCGGUUAUCUGCUUUAUUUGUUGCUCUUUUGAUUUCUUACGUUUUGUUAGAUUUAUUUUUCUAUGGCAGCAGUGAGUCCAUGUUAAAAACAUGCCUGUUCAUGUCUUUAUAUACAGUAUGUAAUGAGUUCCUACCUUGUUGUAAUAAUUUUAUCUGUUUAUUUAUUAUUUAGCUGUGGGUUUACAGAAUGGCAGAGCCAAACACAGAUGAAUUAAAGAAUCAAAGCACAAUCACAA